GUUUAAAAGCCUAUCACAUUUGGAGGAUUAUCCAUACAUUCAAUUGUCCACACUCAAUUGGGUUCAGACCUCAACAUGGCCACUACUACCACGAGUGCACCCACCGACAGCGUUCAGGCGCCCGUUCAGGUGUCAGUUGAUCAACGUGAGUUGAUUGAUAGUGAAAAAAACAACUCUGUCUCUACCAAGCAGUCGGAGCUCACGAAUAAGACAGCCCAAAAGCAGCUUCCUAACGUUCAAACUUCACUUAGUUUGCAGCCCAGUGAGGAUCUUGACAUUACCAACGUGAAGACUAAACCUCUUGCUAGACAACCACAGGAACCAACGUACCGAGGUUGGAAAGAGGUGGGUCAUUGGGAACACGACGAUGCCUUGACGGAAGACGACCAAGCCGUGGAUUUAUUACUGAAGCCUUCGUUGUUUGACCAAUAUCUUCCCCCUGUUGUAUUUGGCGACUGGUACCACAAUGUGGGCUAUUUGGUCGUUGCAGCACUUGUGUCUUGGAUCAUUGGCUGGUUCAAAUUCUCUGUGGCUCCUCUUUUCUUCGUCAUGCUCGUGUUUUCUGUAUUGUACCGUGCAUCUGUCAAAAAGUACAGAAUGCUUCUCAGAGAAGAAGCGCAAAGAGAAUUCUCUGUAAAAACAAUAGAAACGGACUACGAGUCCAUGGACUGGUCUAACACCUUCUUAGAAAAGUUCUGGGUUUACUUGGAACCUUCAAUCUCUCAGAUAGUCUGCGAACAAGUCAACCCCAUUUUGGCUUCUUCGCCUGCUCCAGCUUUUGUGAAGAAGUUGUGGAUCGACAGCUUUAGUGCCGGUACCAAACCUCCCCGUAUAGAUUGCGUGAAGACCUUACCUGGAACCAGUGAUGAUGUCGUUGUUAUGGACUGGGGUUUCUCGUUCACUCCAAACACCUUAGCUGACGCCAACACUAAGCAGUUGAAGAACAAGGUCAAUCAGAAGCUUGUAGUCAAAGCCGAGGUAUUUGGCUUUACAAUUCCUGUUCUUGUUGCUGAUUGUGCUUUCAAGGGUCUUGCCAGGAUUAGAUUGAGAAUGAUGUCAUCUUUUCCCCAUGUAGAAACUAUCAACGUGACUAUGUUGGAGGCUCCGCAGUUUGACUUCAACUCCAAGAUUCUUACCGAAAACAACGUCUUGUGGGAGUUUUUGGCCCUUCCUGGAUUGUAUCCUUUCAUCAAUGAGAUGGUCAAGAAAUACGUAGGUUCUUUGCUCUUUGCUCCUUUAUCCUUCCAAUUGAAUCUUCAGCAGUUGUUGGCCGGUAACGCUUUCGACUCUUCUAUAGGUGUCUUGUCUAUCACUGCGGACUCAGCUAGAGGGUUGAAGGGUUUCAGCACUAUCGGUAAUACCUUGGACCCAUACUUGACGUUUGGAUUCAAGAAGGACGUUUUGGCUAAGACUUCUACCAAGGAUGAUACCAACCACCCAGUGUGGAAGGAGACUUACCAGAUCUGUGUUAAAUCAUUAACCGAGCCCUUGAAUAUCACUGUCAUCGAUUUCAAUGAGUUCAGAAAGGAUAGACAAGUGGGAACGAUUCAGUUUGAUCUUGAAUCCUUCUUAGACAAUCCUAAGCAAAGCAACAUCACUGCUCCUUUCAUAAGAAACGGUAAGCCUGUCGGUGAAUUGGUAUUUGGAUUAAACUACAUGCCUACCUUAGAGGCCGAAAGGCUGGCUGAUGGUGCAGUGAUUCCUCCACCAGACUUGAACACCGGUAUUGCAAGAAUUGAAAUAGCUGAAGCCAGACAUUUGAAGUCGGGCGAAAAGGCCGCUUCUGCUUUUGCUGAAAUUCAUUUCAACAAUGAGAAGGUAUUGACCACGAGUGUCCAAAAGAAGACGAACGCUCCUAGCUGGGGUGAUAAGAUCGAAAAAAUAGUAGACAACCGUGCCAGAUCCAAGGUGAAGAUUGUAGUCAAGGAAAAAGGUGGAAAGACCUUGGGCCAAAUCCAUACCUCAUUGAAUGAACUCAUUGAUGCCACUCAGGUUGACCAGACUUGGUUUGCUUUGGCUCAAGGAGGUGAAGUUAGAAUCAAUGCCUCCUGGAAACCAGUUGCUCUUUCCAACAGUAGUGGAUCAAGCGGUUACGCCGCUCCUAUUGGAGUUGUCAGAGUCAGUAUCGAAAAAGCAGAAAACUUGAGAAAUUUGGAAGCCAUUGGCAAGGUUGAUCCUUAUGCGAGAAUCUUGGUUAAUGGGUUCCAGAGAGCUAGAACCGUUGCUUGUGAUUCGACUUUGGAUCCAACCUGGAACGAAGUACAUUAUAUCUCUGUCACUUCUCCUAACCAGAAGUUAACCAUCGAUGUGAUGGAUGUCGAGAAGACUUCAGCAGAUCGUACUUUGGGUUCAUUUGACGUCAGAUUGAACGAUAUCAUCCGUAAGGAUGAGACCGGAAAGUACACGGAGCACAUCGACCACGGCAAGAGACACUCUAGGUUGAUCCAUAAGAAAGGGCCAAAGGGUGUUGUGACCUAUUCAUUGUCUUUCUAUCCUGCACUCCCUGUUAUGACCUUAGAAGAAUGUAAGGAAGAAGAGGAGUUCAAGAAACAGAAGGAGGAAGAAAAGGCUAAGAAGCUUGCUGAAAGUCAAAAAGAAGGAAAAGAGGCUCCUGUAGAAGAAGAAGAAGAAGAAGUAAACGAAUUCAGUUCGAAAUUAAAGUUGACUUUACCAGAAUUGCUCCAGCACAACAGUGGUAUCUUUGUCUACGAAGUGUUGGACGCUAAGCUCAGUAAGGACGACGUCUAUCUUCAGGCCUUCUUCGACAGCCAUGGCUACCACGACUUCGUUUCGCAGAAGUUGGAGAAGAAGCAAGUCAAAGUAGCUGCUACUGGUGAUGUAGCCAUCACGGAGCUUGAAUGGUCACAAGCCUGUUUUAGAAUCACCAAGGACAAGAAGGACAACCGAGCAGAGAAGUGCGUAGCUGAAGUCACCAUUCCUACUAUGCAGUUGUUAAAGAAUGCCUACAACAAGCCUACGCAACUCCAAUUGACUGGCGGCGGUGAACACAGCACAAUUACUGUCCAGUGCUCGUGGAUACCAUUGAUCUAUGAACAUGGAAUCCCAGUCCAGGAUUCCAGAAAUAAUUCUGGAAAGUUGACCGUGCAAGUUCUUCGUGCCGAAAACUUGAUUGCCGCAGACAGCAAUGGUAAGUCUGAUCCAUUUGUCAGGUUAUACUUGAACACAGACAAGGAAGAAUUCUUGAAAACUAAAAAGGUGAAGAAAACUCUCAAUCCAACAUGGAACGAACUGGGUGUAGUCACCGUAGCCAAUAAGCAGGACGCCGUUAUCAAGGUAGUUGCAAUGGACUGGGAUAUUGGUGUAGAAGCAGAUGACUUACUUGGUAUUGGUUAUGCCCAAUUGUCUGAUGUAGACUUUGAACACGGAACCGAACUUAAGGUUCCAUUGGAGGCCGAAGACGGAGGAGACGGCGGUAAUGUUUACUUGAAAUUUUCGUUUGUGCCAGAAGUCGUCAUUAACGUUAGAAGAGCUAGUACUACCAACAUUGGAGGUGCCAUUGGUAGUGUAGGUAACGUUGGCAUUGGUGCUGGCAAGGGAGUCGUCAAGGGUGUUGGUAAGGGACUCGGUGGAGGUGUCAAAGUAUUCAGAAAAGGAUUGAAACUCGGCAAGCUGCUGGCCGAUAAAGAUUAGUCUUGUAUUUAUAUUUUUAUUAAAUUUUCAUUGAAA